GCGCGCGGUGGCUGAAAUGAAAACUCGGCGAUGCGCUCGUGCUAGGCUCGUGUUUGCACAGAGCGACUGUAACUUUAUGGGCCCCGAACGGCUCGAGCAUGAAAAGCGAGGACGUGACUUCUUCGCACGACAUGCAGAGCCCGAAGCCUGGAGCCGCGGUGCUUCCGUUUAGCGUGGAGGCGCUCAUGGCGGACCGGACACCGAGCCGGACUGACAAAACUGCCGUGUCGCGCGCACUCUGGUGCGAGGACGCAUCCUCCUUCUCUUUCUCCUAUUCGGUUGUGCGCGAGGGAGACGCGCCACUGGAGGCGAAGAGCCCUGAGCGCGCGGACCGGAGCUCGUGGACGGAGAAUUCUCGUUUCUCCCCUCCGCCUCCAAGGCGGCUCAGUCCUCCCGCUUGUCCCCUGAGGAAACACAAGACCAACCGGAAGCCACGCACCCCGUUCACCACGUCCCAGCUGCUGGCACUGGAGCGGAAGUUCCGGCAGAAGCAGUACCUGUCAAUCGCGGAGCGUGCCGAGUUCUCCAGCUCGCUCAGCCUGACGGAGACGCAGGUGAAAAUCUGGUUCCAGAACCGGCGCGCGAAGGCCAAGAGGCUGCAGGAGGCCGAGCUCGAGAAGCUGAAGAUGGCCGCCAAACCCAUGCUGCCUCCGGGCACUUUCGGGAUUUCCUUUCCGCUUGGGGCGCAUGUACCCGCGUCCUACGGAGGCGGCGGCGGCGUGCACGCAUUUCAGAGACCUUCAGUGCCCGUUUCACCCGUCGGACUGUACGCAGCAACGCACAUGGGAUACAGCAUGUAUCACUUAGCAUGAAGCGCGUGCGAAAUUGUCAUUUUCACCCAGGGAUUUAGAGGCAUGAUAAAUCAGACGGAAAAAUGGCGAGCAUAAACACUUCCACUCAUGCGCCACCAGAACCGACAACUAAGUCGCCAGGUGCCAUUUCUAUUCACAUAAAUCACUGAGUAUGUGGCCAUAAAGCACCUAAACACACACACACACACAAUUUGUAUAUGCAUUCAUUGUAAUGCGUUAUAGGAAGAUCAUUUUCAGCACGAGCUUUCAACAAUGCUACCCUUCGGAAGGGAGACAGUGAACUGUAAAAUAUUGUAUAUUAGGGGGGAAAAAGUUUUUAUAAUAUGAUUAUAUUUGUUGAAUAAAUUAACAAUAAAUUGUUUAUUCUUUUGUUC